AUGGUCUUCCUCACCAUCGACCGCGCCUUGCGCUUGUGCCACGUCGCCCACUGUGCCCGGUACGCCAAGUGCGACAGUCUCUGCUUGAUCCACGCCAAGCUCCAAAGGCCCAAGUGGACCGAAAAGCCUGCGCAAACCAUGUCCAUCGAGAUGCUCACGCACUCGAACGAGUCGUCGGCGUCGUCUGUCUCUGGCAGCGAGCGCCGGUCGAAGAAGAACCGUUGGUGCUCAAUCGCCGAAUGUGAGCAGCUCGCGCGCAUCGACGGCCUUUGCACUCGCCACAACAUGCAGCUCAGCAGCAAGAAGCGCAAAUGCGUCAUUGUCUCUUGCAACUCGUACGCCAGGACGCGCGGCCUCUGCACUCGCCACGGCGGGGGCAACGUCUGCCGCUUCCAUGGCUGCAAAACGUCGGCGCAGUCGGGUGGGUUGUGUCGGCUACACGGCGGUGGCCCGCGCUGCAAGCAUCCCGAUUGCGACCAAUUCAGCAAAGCUGGUGGUCUCUGUGGCUUCCACGCACCUGUUUGAUAGCUUGUUCCCUCACUAAAUGUUGUAAAUUAUACUGUGUCUCCGUUUCUACCA